AUGGUAUCAACACCGGAAUUGAAGAAAUACAUGGACAAGACAGUAUAUCUGCAACUGAAUGGUUCACGGAAGCUUAUUGGUGUACUACGAGGAUUCGACAUCUUUUUGAACGUGGUACUGGACGACGCAGUCGAGGUUCGGAAAGACGGGACCAAGACGCCUAUCGGGUCGCAAUCCGUAAUUCGUGGUAAUUCUAUAGUAUCGUUAGAAGCGCUAGAAACUUUGGCGUAG